AGCGAGGGUUGCGCGUGGCUUUUAAAAAUUCCCAGCUCAGUCCGUUACGCGCGAAAUAAACGGGAGGAUUUACCUACGCGCGGGAGUAAUCGCUUAGUGAAACAUGGUGCUGUCGUGUCGAUUUUACAAGGAAAAGUACCCGGAGGUGGAGGACGUGGUGAUGGUGAAUGUACGCAGCAUAGCCGAGAUGGGCGCGUACGUGCAUCUGCUGGAGUACAACAACAUCGAGGGCAUGAUCCUGCUCUCUGAACUCUCUAGGAGGCGUAUUAGGUCCAUUAACAAACUCAUCCGGGUAGGCAAAACCGAGCCGGUUGUUGUUAUUCGCGUGGACAAGGAGAAAGGUUACAUCGAUCUGAGCAAGCGUCGCGUGUCCGCCGAGGACGUGGAGAAGUGCACGGAGCGAUACGCCAAGGCGAAGGCUGUUAAUUCGAUCUUGAGACACGUGGCAGAGCUCUUGCACUACGAUAACGACGAUCAGCUGGAGGAGCUCUAUCAGAAAACAGCCUGGCACUUUGAGGAAAAGUACAAGAAGCAGAAGGCGUCCGCUUAUGACUUUUUCAAGCAAUCGGUGCUGGAUCCAUCCAUUUUGGCAGAGUGCGGCCUGGACGAAGACACGAAGGAAGUGCUGCUGAAUAAUAUCAAGCGAAAGCUCACUUCGCAAGCGGUGAAAAUUAGAGCGGACGUGGAGGUGGCGUGUUACGGCUACGAAGGGAUCGAUGCCGUGAAGACCGCGCUGAAGGCUGGCUUGGCUCUCUCCACCGACGAGCUUCCCAUCAAAAUUAACUUAAUUGCUCCUCCAUUAUACGUCAUGACAACGUCUACACCGGAGAAGCAGGACGGCUUGAAGGCGCUGGGCGACGCCAUCGAAGUCAUACAGAGUAAGAUAACGUCGCUCGGUGGUGUAUUCAAUGUUCAAAUGGCGCCGAAAGUCGUUACCGCGACGGACGAGGCGGAAUUGGCGCGGCAAAUGGAACGAGCGGAGCUCGAAAACGCGGAGGUGGCUGGCGACGACGAGGACGAGGUGGAAGGAAUGGAGGGCGAUUUCAGUAACGGCGAGGGCGGCGAGCGGAACAGCAAAGGCUUCGAACAGAACGGCAAAGCGCUCGAUCAGAACGAUAAAGAAGAUGUGUCCGACGAAGACAAUUGAAUAUAUACAUACGCAUAUACAUAUAUAUAUAUUUGUCAGAAUAAUAAAGUACACAUUCGAUUAAUUAGCGGAUACUCGCAUGUGUUUUUUCAAUUGCAGUUAGAAGCUUAAUAAAAUGGCUCUACUGCCUCGCCGGGGAGACACGCCAGCAUGACUUUUCGCCGAGUACGAGCGUGAGAGUUGUAAAAAAUAAAUUACUGUAACUUAUAUAAAACUUAUAUAAAAACAAAAUUUUCUACUGACUUGGUAUACAAUAAAUGAUCUCAAGACA